CGCGCUUAUUUAUAUUUUCUCCCUCUUUCCUUCUAUUAUAAAACCACUAACGCAUUUCACCAAUCCAAUAUUCACAUUCAUUGCUUCCAUCUUCUAGGCAUUCACACACACAUACACACACAGUGAUAUAUACAUACGUAAACGUAUAUAUACAUACUGUAUACACACACAUUCUGUUCAUAGAGUUGUCAACUAAUUUGCAUCAGAGAAUAAAUUACGGGAGAGUUUUCUCCAACUCGCGGCAAUGGCGGUUUCUCUGAAAAUCAUCGAGCUUUUAGCAUUUCUCACUCUACUGUUGCUUGCCAAUGUAAUUGCUCACACAGAUAGUAUUGAAGAAAUUCAGAAGCUGAAGAGCAUCAGAAACUCAACUAUGGCGGAAAGGUUGGAGGAAUUUAAGCACGAUGACGCUGUAGACGAUCCAGAAGCUGUCGCAGACAUGGUUUAUAUGGCUACCCGAAACAGCACCGAGCGAAGGAAGCUAGGAUUCUUCUCAUGCGGCACGGGUAACCCGAUGGACGACUGCUGGCGGUGCGACCGCAACUGGAUGCGCAACCGCCGCCGCCUGGCCGACUGCGCCAUCGGGUUCGGGCGCAACGCAGUGGGCGGGCGCGACGGGCGCUACUACGUGGUGUCGAACCCGGCCGACGACGACCCGGUGAACCCCCGGCCGGGCACCCUCCGGCACGCCGUGAUCCAGGACCGGCCCCUGUGGAUCGUGUUCAAGCGCGACAUGGUGAUCACGCUCAAGCAAGAGCUCAUCAUGAACAGCUUCAAGACCAUCGACGGCCGCGGCGCCAACGUCCACAUCGCCAACGGCGGCUGCAUCACCAUUCAGUUCGUCACCAACAUCAUCAUCCACGGCCUCCACAUCCACGACUGCAAGCGCACCGGCAACGCCAUGGUCCGCAGCUCGCCCUCCCAUUACGGCUGGCGGACCAUGGCCGACGGCGAUGGCAUCUCCAUUUUUGGGUCCAGCCAUAUUUGGAUCGAUCAUAACUCCUUGUCUAGCUGCACUGAUGGCCUCAUUGAUGCCAUCAUGGGAUCCACUGCCAUCACCAUUUCCAACAACUAUUUCACUCACCAUAAUGAGGUGAUGUUGUUAGGCCAUAGCGAUUCGUAUGCUCGAGACAGAGUGAUGCAGGUCACCAUCGCCUACAACCAUUUCGGAAUCGGCCUCAUCCAGAGGAUGCCCAGGUGCAGACAUGGGUAUUUCCAUGUUGUAAACAAUGACUACACAUCUUGGCAGAUGUAUGCCAUAGGUGGGAGUGCUGAUCCCACCAUCAACAGCCAGGGCAACAGAUAUUUAGCCCCAACCAACCCUUUUGCCAAAGAGGUCACCAAGAGGGUAACCAACUUAGGCGACCGCAGAUGGAGGCACUGGAACUGGAGAUCCGAGGGCGAUCUCAUGCUCAACGGAGCCUAUUUCAGGCCCUCUGGCCGUGGCGCUGCAGCCAGCUACGCCAGGGCUUCCAGCCUCGCGGCUAAGUCUUCGUCCCUGGUCGCCACGCUCACCUCCACAGCCGGUGCACUUCGCUGUCGGAGGGGCAUGGCAUGCUGAUAUAUGUGCGCAUUUGGAAAUUGAAGAAUUUCCCAUAUAAUAACACCAUGUCCAUCGUAAUCAAAUGAAAUAAUUAAUAUAAUAUAUGAGCUAUAACUUAUCCCUUUCUCUCUCUCUCUCAAACCUUCCUACCACACAUCUCUUGCGCUAAGCGUUCCUUUCAAAAUUUGAUGAUCCACCACUCCGGCCUGCUUCUUCAACUUUGCAAUAUGUUAAUUUAGAGCUAUAUAUUUUUGCAGAAGAAGCCUUGUUUCGCGCCAUUUUUAAGUGUCAAAUCUCUUGACCA